AUGGCUCUUUCCGCUUUCACGUUGGUGACUUGGUUCUUGGCGACCAUGUCUGCCUUCUUCAGCACUUUGAUAGCAAAAUAUUCACCCGUGAGUCGUUCCAGACCAGAAGAAGACGACGAGGGUAUAUCUGUUGAUAGGAACAAGGGUGAGGAAAUUGGGGUAUUGGACCCUGAACCUGAGUUGACACUUGGAUGUUUAGCAUGCGACUUGGAGUUUCUUUGUAUUGAACUUAGUGGAAACAUCAUACCGGGUGAUAAAGGACGACGAGGUGAGUUAUACGAAGGAGAUGCAGCCCGCUGGAUUGUCUUCACCGACUCAUCUCCAGAGACACUGAUCACCGGAGUGGAGCGAGCGUCCGAUGCUGGAGACGACGUUCGCGUACUCAACGACCCAGACAUUGGUUCACCGUCCAGUAUCGACAUCGGGCCAAAUUCGUUCGUUGGUUUAGGCGACUGA